AUGGGCCCCUGUACCGCCUCCUCAUGCUGCUGCCAGGCCCGUAAUCUGCCAUGGGCCCCCGUACCGACUUCUCAUGCUGCUGCCAGGCCCGUAAUCUGUCAUGGGCCCCUGUACCGCCUCCUCAUGCUGCUGCCAGCUCCAGAGUGUGUCAUGGGUCCCUGUACGGCCUCCCAUUGCUGCUGUCUCCAUCGCCACACUCUGCCAUGUGCCACUUUCAGGUCUCCUCACACUGCUGGUGGUUUCCAUUUUUGUCAUAGGGUGCUGUAUGGCCUCCCAUUGCUGCUGCCUCCACCGCCACACUGUGGCUCCACACUCUGGUUUUGGCCCCGUGACUGCCCAAAUGAGUGAAGUGUGCGGUGAUUCUAAGAUCGACGGCACUCAUCUGCAUGUCAUACUGACUGUCAGUAUUAUUUCUCUUCCCCAGCAGACUCCAAGGGCAUUUAAAUUAAAGGUACAGUGUUCUGCACUAAUAUAA